AUGGAAAGCAAGAGCACAGCAGAUCUUACUAAUGAUCCUCCGGAUUACACUUUUCUUCCAAGGAUCUCAGAGAGAAAAAGCAAAUGGAUUCUGCUGGGUACCAUUGGAAUAUUACUGGCUUUCAUUAUCGUUGGAGGCUGUCUGAUUGGGGUGUAUUUAACCCAAAAGCAUACAGAGGCAGUUGUAGAAAUGGUUUACAAUGGGCAGAACGGCAAAGAGAUCCAACAGACUGUGAUGUACAGUGAGAAGAACAAUAUGGCGGCAUUUGCAAUCAGCACUCAAGAUAACAAUGCUACUAUCUUAUAUGACUUUAAUUCUGCUCUCAUUGCAAUACGGGUUAUGAAUACUGAAAAGUGCUAUGUCUUAAGAAUGAAUAAUUCUAAUUCCCCAAGCUUGAAGGAAAUACAUAAGGGUAUUGAGUACUUCCAAGCUGAGGUGAGUGAUGUUAAAUUUGUUUAUAUGGUAAUGUACAGAAAUAAUAAACUCUAUGGUAAAGGUCAUUUGCUUUACCAAGAUCAUAAGAACUCUGAAAAAGUAGAUAUAUCUUAA